AUGUCCUUUUCUGCUGAGAAUUUUGAACGGAAACUCGCGUCCCUACAAGAGACCCAGGACUCGAUCGUCUCGAUUUCACAGUGGGUAUUAUUCCAUCACAGGCACAGCAAAGAGAUAUGUGAGAUCUGGAGCCAGUUCGUAUUGAAACCCCAUUUGAAUUCUCAGAAGCGUUUAUCAUUAUUAUAUCUUUGUAAUGACGUGGUUCAACAGGCGAGACACAAACGGAAGCUCGAGUACAUUGAAGGAUUUGCCAUCGUGUUACCUGGGGUUUUUGCCAGUAUUUUCCAUAAGUUGGAUGGCCCUUUCAAACCCAAAGUUGAGAGAGUAGUCCGUGUAUGGGACGAGAGACAGGUAUUUUCAAAGACCCAAUUGGAUGCCAUGAGAAAAUCCCUCACCCAUCCAUCGUCAAUAGCGACCGUAUCAACACCCUCGUCGGAACGGAAGUCUUCUGAUGCUAUCGUCCCUGAACUUGGACUUUUGAAUGAUCUUUUGAAACACAUGAAUGAGCUAAUAGACAUCAGUCAGAACAACUUGAAUCAAGUGGGAAUCCAAUCCAAGAAGUACUUACCCAACGAUCCUUCUGUAUCGGAGUCAUUGCCAUCGCCCAAACUCUACAUAUCAAAACUCAACAAUUUGGAGAAGAUGUGUCAAAUGUCAAACCAGAACAUAGAUAGCAUAAAAGAUGAAAGACAAAAAAUUUUAACGAAUUUGAACAAUUUGAAGAAUAUCAUCGAGGAAGGCUUGAAGACAGACGAAUCAAAGAAACAUAUCAUUAACUCAAAGUUGUCAACUUUGUACAAAACUCGGAAUGAGCUUGUAGAGAUGGUUGCGGAUGAGGAAGGUGAAGGCUCUACUGAGAUUGUUUCUCCUUCUUUUGACUCCAAUACAGCUAAGGUUGUCAAUGAUGAAGGAGAGCAGAUGCCUUUCUAUGACUCAAACGAUAGUGACCUGGACUCGGCCCCAGCAAAGUAUCAAGAUACUGGAGCGUAUACCACUUCUUCUGUGGCUAAAAGUGACGAUGAUGACAAUGAUAUAUUGCCCACAUAUGAAGACGAUAGCGACUCUGCUGCUGAAUUGGUGCCCACUCCUAGAGCUACUCCAGACUCGGAGGUGAAACUCCCACCCCCAAAGCGGUUCAAAAAGUCGAAGUCCAAGUCGGUAGCAUUUUCUGAAAAUAUUGAAAUCAAGGAGUAUGAUCGUGAAAAUCAAACUGAGAUUAUCAAGAUUAUUAAGAGUGACGACGACCAAACUGAAUUAGACGAAGACGAUGAGUACGAUGGUGGAUUAAGUGAUGACUUCCCAUCCCAUCAUAAAGAUGCAAUUGAGUUGAAACACGAGGAGUCGGAUAGAGAAGAGUCCGAAUACGAUCCUCAAGGCUCAGGGCUGAAUGGCACAUCAGUUUUAGAUAUAUUAUCAAAACUUCAAUAA